UUACAAACUUUUUUUUCGUAGUUCAUUUCGUAGGACCCCAACGUUGCAAACUUCAGCAUCGUCACAAAAAAAACUCUAAACGAUAGGAUACAAUUUUGUGACCUACAUUCAAAUAAUCCUUCACGUGAAUUCCCUCCAUUGAAUUCUACUCGAAGAUCCUGCUUUGUACUGCAAUCGCGAACCUCAAUUGUAUAUAAAAAUACAUUGGUUUUCAAUCAAUAACCACUGAGCCGAUUAGGAUUAUUAUUUAGGAAUUAGGAUUGAGUCCUCUCCAAAACUGAGGGAUCAUGAUUCAAAUCAAGUUUAUGGUUCUGCACAAUGUCGAUAUCAUGGUUUUUACAGAAAUAGAUAAAAAAAGGAACAUUUUAUCGAAUUCUGGAAUUCUAUAAUCCAUCAAUCAUUAAAAAACAUAGAUUAACGAAAAACUUCUCAUUAACAAAUUUGAUGCUUCUGUGAAUGCUUCGAUCUUCAAAAGUGAUACGUCACACAGCGACGAAAGAACACCAAAUAGUUGUCGAAGAGUUCGUGGCUGUAUUUAUCAACUCGAUUCAAAGUGGAAUAAGUCAGAGGCACCUUGAGCUGUGUACAAACAAAAAUAGACUUAAUAGAAAAUGAUUUUGUCAUAAAUGAGGUCUGCAGAAUCCAAGAUGUCAAACAAAUGAAAAACAAGAGUAUGAAAACUCGUGAUACACUGGAAGUUCGGAUCUCUGGUUUCUUUCCCGAAGAAUCCUUAAAGCAAGCAGUUUAUACGUUCUGUCUCGUAUUCAAAGGGUGAGCGAAUGGCACAAAUAGCUGGGGAGGGUGGAGAAACCGGUGAGACCGAGGCAAAUCCUCUUGGGAACAGGCUUACGACGGGGAGAGAAACAAAAUUGGCGAGAGACACGGUUAUGGGAGGAGCCUUCUACCAAACGGUGACAUGUACGUGGGUCGUUAUUGCAAAGGUUUGAGACACGGAAAGGGCCUUUAUGUUUUGAAAAACGGUGCGAGAUACGAGGGCGAUUGGCGCUUUGGUCUGAAACACGGUCAGGGCACUUUUUGGUAUCCCGAUGGGACCCGCUACGAAGGCGACUGGAAACGUGACACGAAGUAUGGCUUUGGUGCUUAUCAUUACGCGAACCGUGACGUGUACGAGGGUGGCUGGAAGAAAAAUCUUCGUCACGGUCUCGGUACGUAUCUCUACGAAGCCACCGGCACGAAGUUCAUGGGUACAUGGACAAACGAUCGCAUGCAAGGUCCGGGUCAGUUGGUUCAUUCACGUCAUCGUUUUCACGGUUCUUGGGAGCUCAAUUUGCCCUACGGACGUGGUUGUUUCGUUUUUGAAAAUGGCACGAUGCAACACGGUCACUACGUUCACCAGGAGGAUCCGAAUUACCAGCGAGGCGAUGUCCAGCGUGGAAAAGAAGCGAGUCUCAACGACGAGGCAUUGGGUGACGGAAAUGAAAAGGGUGGAGAGGAAGUUCCACCCUCCGCGGAUGCUCCAAAACCGCUGAAGCAAGGGAUUCGUUCUAUUUGGCGAGCCCGUUACGUCACUCUUUACAGUCCGGAAUUACUACCGGAGCCACCGAUGCUCGUGAAAGAAAAAGCCUCAACGGAGUCGUUGCCAGACGAGUGUCGUUCGAGCGAAGUCUGGAGUGAAAAGGAAGAGUUUUCGAGAGUCCCAGACGUUGAACAAAGCGAAGAAUUCGAGGAUAAUUCUUAUGGGAAGAAUUCCCCUUACGAGUCAGUGACACCGGACUUUGGCGAAUAAAUCGAAGAACAAGAUUUGAAGAUUUCUCAAUGGCUCUCAAGCUAUCCAUUCAGAGAAUUUUUUAAUAAUAGUUAAAUAGAGGCGUAUAAAAAGCAACGCCGACUAUUUUUGUAUUGUACGGUCUUUAUCAGUUCAAAAUGUGAAAGAAAAAUCGUUUUCUGUACUUUUAUUUCUCUUUUUCUCCAACUUUUUUUAACAUAUUUUGACAUAUUUGAGUAUUGUCGAUACAAAAAAUGCGAACGAAUAUGCAUCCAUAGUAAUAAUAUUACCGCAUUGUUCGUGGCUCCAUUGGGGCUGAAUUGUGCAUGGAGCCUAUUUUUGUAUAUUUAUUUUUUCAAUUCUCACGUACACUGCUCGCAUAAUGCAUCACUGUUGCCUUUAUGAACGUCGAAACGCUUAGUCAUCGCACAUCACGAUCUUUUCCUCAUGGGUUCUCGACAGAAAUCACACAUCUGUCGUUCGUUUUGCCCCUCGUUUGUUCUCCAUCUGAUGCAUAUUUAUUCUCCUUUAGCGUUUUAUUGGCUUACGGAAUACCAUUUUUUUGGGUAUAUUCCAUUUACGAGUAUCAACAUUUUAUUACUUUAAACCUUUAUCACAUUGAGUUAUUCGAUUUUACGAAUAUUAACAAGGUGGUAGAGAAGAAUUUUUCGCAGCGAUUUACAAAAUUUAUGCCAAACAAACGAGGUGAGAAUGUAGCAAAAAUGUGAUGAGAUUGCAACUGAAUAGCUGCCGAAACGAAAAAUAUUUUCCACCGAACGGUGCAAUACGCUUGGAGAUAUUAAUAGUAAUUUAAUUCUCUCUGUAUAUCAGCAUCAACAUUAAUUAUUUAUAAUUUACAAAGGAUCGAAAAUAGCACACGGUUCGUGAACAAUCGUGAAAACGAAUCCGUAUGAGUGCAACUACAAAACCAUGAAAUCCCAUAGAAAUUUUUCGUCAUUGUCUGCCAGUGCUCGAAAAAAAAAAUAUCAAUAAAGUAUCGUUAUUUUUCAAAAUAGUUUAAUCUCCCAAUAUUCUGACAAUGAAAUCAACUGACGUGAGUUCAGUGAAUAAGUACUACGACAGUAAUUAUAUGUACCGAAGGUGAUUACUCUGUUCAGCCUUUUUUUUUCAAUAAAAUUCAGCAAUAUUGAUUGUUCAAAAGAAUCUUCAGAAAAUUUGGAAAAUUACAUCUGUCAAAAAAGUA